GUACUUUAGUACAUAGUAGAGGUGCAACUUGUUGGCUGCUUGAUAGAGCCACAAAUCGUGCAUCUCAGCUGCAGGGACGAUAUGAGGGGGACCUUGUAGGUCUCGGAUCAAAUAGUCCGAACAAGGGUGGCGGUACUCGUAUCUGAAGUAAGAUGCAUCCAGUCAGCGCUACUUUAUUACGUGUCGCUACUAUUUUCCCCACAAGGUCUUCUCUCUGGCUUGAUCCACCUUUCUCUGUUCUCCACAAUUCUUCGCGCUUAUACAGACUUUCAACAUUCUUCCGCCUAUACAGAUUUCCAACGAGGUCGACAAGAAGUGUAUCUCGGCGCAAAUGGCUUCGCAGGCCGACUACUUUGCGGAGGUCAAUCCCACGAGCCGGGAGAUGUACCAUACCGCCAUGGCAUUCAUUGUCAUUGAUACCCUCGUUUUUGGACUUUUUCUUGCUUCUAUGUAUCGUCAACGCAAGCGCCAGCGUAACAAGAAUGAAAUCGGCAUCUACUUUUUGAUGAGUGUGGCUUACAUAUCUGUAUUGGGCAACGCACUUGUUGGAGUUUUACUUGUGAAGAUUGGUGGAGUCGGUCGCCAUGUCGCCUUCUGGGAAUCAACUGACCCAGACACGUUCACGAAGUUCUUGCAAUUGCAAACAGGAAUCGAGAUUAUCUACAUGGCAUCCAUUACAGCUCCCAAGAUUGCAAUUCUCACACUCUACCUUAAGAUCUUCACUGAUCGCCUUGCUCGACAACUUACGUGGAUAAUGGGCGUCAUUUUGGUAAUGUUCCUUCUGUCUGGUUUGGUUCUAGCCCUCGCCCUUUGCAAACCAUACGAAUACAAAUGGAACAAAACAAUCCAUGGGAAAUGUGGCGACAUUAUGGCAGGUUAUCGCUGGAUCAGCAUUCCCAGCAUCAUCACCGAUUUCUUCAUUCUCAUAAUUCCUAUUCCUACUAUCUGGAAGCUCCGCGUGGACACAUACAAGAAAGUUGGUGUCUUGAUCACAUUCCUCACGGGAAGUCUAGGAUUCAUCACAGCCAUUGUCCGAUGCCUCACAUUCUACACUUCGAAUCUGUUCUCAGACCCAACGUGGCUGGCCGGGAAAACUAUGACUUGGACUAUUAUCGAAUCGAGUGCAUAUUUUAUCUGUGCCUGUCUUCCUCGCCUCCGGCCUCUGUUGCAGUUAUUUUUGGAGAAGACGGGUGUUAUUUCUGUGGUGGCAAAUACUUGGGGUACUUUCACGAAUAAAAGCAAAGGCACCCAUGAUGGCUCGGCUCAUGAUAUGAGCAAUGAAAACCGUGGUUCGAGACCCGGUGAUAACAAGGUUGGGUUUGUAGAGAUGGAUGAGCUGGGACUCGUUUCUUCUAACGAACGGACUCAAUGCUCUGGUGAGGAUGAAUUCAACUAAUCAAUGGAUAUGUCAGGUUGACGAGUUUACUAAUUGAUAUCAAUCACACUAUGCCAUUGUCGAGUAUUAUAAGCGAGGAUUUUCUCUAGCAUAGAUUUUAUUUGCGCGUGAGAGACUCCAAUUCUCUGUCUUGAAAUAUACAAGCCCAUUGACAUGCGUG